CUUGUUUGCAUAUCAGGUGAAGAAAGAAGACGUUUCCACAAGAUCAUCAUACUAAUAUGGCGCGUCAAAUUCAUAUGCUGGUGCUGGUCGGUCUAUCCUUAGGCAUUCAAGGGAACCUUGCUCAGAUAUUUAUUGGUGAUGACAGUACACCGGGUAUCCUCUAUGCUUCCCUGCCGGAGUCUCGGGAUGAUAGUAACAUCUUGAAGACACAGUUCACCAUGAUACCUCUACGUGAAGGUAAUACUGUAACAGGCAUCGACUACGAUCCAACCAAUCAAAUGGUGUAUUGGAACGAUUUCCCGAAUGGCAUGAUAAAUCGAAUCAACAUUGAUGGAAACAGUCCCCAAGAACUCAUAAUACUGACACAGAGUCCUAAUUCUAUAGCUCUGGAUCUGUUGAAUGGAAAGAUCUACUGGACGAUGUUCAACGACGGGGCCAUCUCGCGCGCCAAUCUAGAUGGCAGUUCCGUACAAGAAGUCUAUAGAUACAUGAACUCUCCUGCCACGCCUACUUCAAUCUUGGUCGAUGCAAUCAAUGGAGGGGUCUUCUGGGCAGCGCAAUUUCCUGAUGAGAUUGUAAAGGCAACCCAAGCUACUACCACAAACACCACCAUCUUGGAAGUUGUUAAACCUAUUAGUGCAGAUGUCAUAGCCACUGAGAUGUGUGCUGAUCAAACAGUGCGAUUGUUUUACUUCACAAAUUACACGAAGUUAGGCUACACCAACGGAGAUGGGACCAGUGAUCGCAUCCUGGAUGUGUUCCCAAACUUUACCCAGGCGAUGCCUUCGAUGAGCAAGUAUGGUAGCAAACUCUACUGGAUUGGCCUGCAGGGUGGACCAGGUAACCAGCAAGCCGGGAUCUACGAGUACGACAUCAAGAAUUCUUCUCUCAAUGUUCACAACCCAGUAGUGACGCUGACGAAUGGUAGCGAGCUGGUUAUUAGCCCCCAAACCGCUAAAAUCAUCUCAACAACUCAGUAUGACGAACCCGUUGUCAUCGAAGGAUGUCCUGAAAAUAUCGACGUCGCCAUCGAUGACGACAUAUACAACGUCUCCGACUCAUCGCCGGUAUCCUGGACCGAGCCUGGGUUGAACAGUUGGUCCAGCUGUUCUGAAAUGGACUUCCUAGGACCAGGAACCAACGGUGGUAUUUUUUUCCGCGGUAAAACCCAGGUGACGUACACGGCAAGAGAUGCGGCAGGAAACACGGAUACUUGUGAAUUUACAGUGACAGUUCGAAAGGACGAUGAUGACGAUGAUACACCCUGUGCUGGCCGUAACUCUGGUGCCAUUCCACCCUCGUGCACUGGCCUCAUACAGGUCUUCCAAGGCAUCUUCAUCCUCCUCUUCAUAGUUUUGUUCGAAUAGGAUGUGGUCCUCCUUGAGAUCUUGGUAAUUGGUAGCAGAGAAGGUAUAUACCCGCUGGAUAUAACGCAGUGUCCCACACAAUGACCCACAGUGUGUUCACAGUGUGAACAUUACCUAAAAUAUUCCCUUUACCAUUUUAUUUGAUCAUUUUAACAGUGUUAACCACAAUUCAUGUUCAUAAUCAUCAUAAUCAUCCACUAUAAUACAAUGUACAAUGUCAUACAGAUGCCUUACCCCCCCCCCCCUUCCUCA